AUGGCCCUCAAUACUUCCAACAGCACUCCUUUGGACUUCACAACCUUUCACAAUGUCAUCGAUGGAAAACUCGUAGGCACAACCAAGAUGCGGUACACCAUCAGCCCCUCCACUCUGGCACAAAAUCCGUCACUGCCUCUGAGUGCCGCAGAAGACGUUGACAAGGCAGUGGCAGCAGCCCAGAGGGCAGCAAAGCAAUGGGCUGAAGUCCCCUGGGACGAGCGGGAAAAGGCUCUCGAGAGCUUCAUCGAGGCUUUAGAGUCGCACGAGGAGGAUUUCGUCCAGAUGCUCAACAAGGAGCAAGGGAAACCGCUCCUGUGGGCUCGACAUGAGCUUGCUACCGGCUUGGCUUUCCUCAAAGGCUCCUGCAGCUUGUCUCUUCCUGAAGAGGUCCUUGAGGACACACCUGAACGCAAGAUUACCACCCACUACAAGCCUCUUGGUGUCGUUGUUGGCAUUGUCCCUUGGAACUAUCCUGUCUUCCUCGCGUGUGCAAAGAUCGGCCCCGCCUUGCUGACCGGAAAUGCCUUCAUACUGAAGCCGUCCCCGUUCGCGCCAUAUUGCUGCAUGAAGCUUGUCGAGCUUGGAUCGCGCUUCUUCCCUCCUGGCGUCUUUCAAGCUCUGAGCGGAGACAACGACCUUGGCCCUCACUUUACAGCCCAUCCCGACGUGGAUAUGGUUAGCUUCACAGGUUCUGGUCCGGUUGGAAAGGUUAUUGCCAGGUCAUGCAGUGCGACCCUCAAGCGAGUGACACUCGAGCUAGGUGGUAAUGAUCCUGCUAUUAUAUGGGCCGACGUCGAUCCUGUAGCCACGGCGGCCAAGGUCGCCCUGUUCGCGUUCUACAACUCUAGCCAGAUAUAUACGGCUAUCAAGCGUGUUUACGUCCACGAAUCUGUCUAUAGCGAGUUUUUGGCUGCGUUAGUGAAGCACGUGGAAACUCUUCAAGUUGGAGUAGACGAAACCUCCUUCCUGGAACCUGUGGCUAACAAAGAUAAGUUUAACUGUUACAAGGCUCUGCUAGGAGACGUCGAGAAGGCUAGGGUCAAGAUCACAACGGGGGACCCAGCUAUUGGUCGAAGAGAAGAGCUUUUAUCUUCCUGCUAUUAUUAUUAA